CAUUUUUGGCCAGAUGAACAAAAAGAACCAAGAAUCAGAAUUAUUCAAAAAGACCUUCGAAGCUAUUAAGAAAUGUAAAGAAGAAGAGAAUAAACGUUUAGAUGACUUUUUAGAAAAAAGUAUUGCAAAAGGAGAACAAAGAGCUGCUAAAAGGAAUCGUAAAGUCAAAGACAAAAUAAUACAAGACCGCAAAAAUAAAAUGUCCAUAGCCGAGGUUAACAAAACUAUGAAUGAAUAUGUAAAACAAAUGGAAUGCAGCCCCAAGUGCUUCUGUGAACGCCAGUGUAUUAUUACUAAAUCUGAUAUACCACCUGUUGUGAAGAAAAGACAGGCGGAAAUCAAAUCGGAAAAUAAAGUAACUACAUCAUACUUCGCUCCAAGCAACAAGUUAGUAGAUGCUUUACGCAAACGCGAACAGGAACCAAAGCCGUGGACCGGCGCGGACACAGCUCACGUACUCUUUAUGAGAAAUGCCGACCGAACUCUGCAGGACUCCAAGUACAAGCUACCCGCUAGGAAAGUUAUUGAUGAAUACAGAAAAUACAAUGCAUUAGAUGAGACCACCUUACCCGUUCCCCACUACAAUUAAAUUAAAGGUGUAUUCGAAUUUUCGAUUGAUAUUUAUUAAAAUAAAAAACGUUUUCGACAAUC